AUGAGUGCUUCUGCAGGGACAGGGGUGUUCCUGCUCUCCCUGACGUCCAUACCUUUCUGCUACUUUAUCAAUUCACUCAUUUACAACAACAGCGCUGAAGCGUUCCUCUUCGCUGGGAGCUCAGCAGUCGUGAUUCUGGCCAUUUCAGUCCAGUUUAUGCUCAAGAAGAAAGCUCCAGCAGAUCCUCUUUUCUAUGUGUACGCGGCGUACGCAUUCCUCAGUGUGGUGAGUCUGAUCAUCGGACUGGAGCAAGACAACAUCAUUGAUGGAUUUGUCACAUUUUAUCUCAGAGAGGGGGAUCCACAUAUUAAUACAGCACACGGCCACAUGGUUUCCUAUUGGGACGGCUGUGUGCAUUAUCUCAUGUAUCUGCUGAUGAUCGCUGCCAUCACUUGGGGGGACAGUUAUCGGUCCAUUGGACUCUACUGGGUGGGCUCUUUUCUCAUGAGCUCCAUCAUCUACAUUCUCGGGAAUGCUGUGGGGAAAUAUGGAACCCACUUUAGUGUCCUCUUCGUCCUCCACAUGCUUCAUGUCUCGGUGUCUGUGUGGGCUUGUUUCCGGGUCUUCAGUCAACCUUCAACGCAUGAAGUUCAGUUAACAAACAUUCAAGGGCCACAGAGGUCCAACGUGCUCCACAGACCUCUGGAUUUGCUGGUUAUCAUCUACCUCAUUCCUGCAUUUGUGUUUUGUGUGUUCAGAGGACUGGUUGCUCUUGAUUGUUCAAGCAAAUGGUGUCAAGACUACACCCAACGAUACGAGCCGUACCUGAAAGAUCCCUCAGCUUAUCCUAAGGUUCAGAUGCUAGUGAGCAUGCUGUAUUCUGGGCCAUACUACAUCUUUGCCGUGUAUGGACUGCUGGUCCCAGGUUGUGAAUGGAUGCCAGACCUGACCCUCGUACACUCAGGAGCUCUAGCACAGACCCAGUUCUCUCAUAUGGGCGCCUCUCUGCACACUCGGACACCGUUCUCCUUCAGAGUUCCAGCGGACAACCAGCUCGUCUUCCUGCUGGUGAACGUUCUGUACACUCUUGUUCCACAUUUCCUCUGCUAUCGCUGCUGCACCCAGCCUGCCUUCUUCCUGAAGCCGGUGGAAGAGAAAAAGCAUGAAUGAAUCAGCAUGUCGGGGGCGACAAAGCAUC